CAUGUAAUGUCACUGUCAAGUGUCAUUUGAGUCAUCUCCACUCCAUUUGUACUUUGUAGUCUAUUACUAGUUUACCAGUUACCUAAUCACAAAUAACAAUGUUUGCGGCAACUGCUGUCAAAUUCGCUGCGACAGCCCGGUCUUCGGCCGUCCAGGCUUCGAGGAACAUGAGCGCCGUAUCGGGCCCCCCGCAAGUCAAAGUGUCCACCUUAGAGCAGGUGGUGCACGGGGUCGCCCUCACCGUCGGUAUCUUGGCGGUCCCCAUGUGGGUCCUGGUCAACAUCAAGCACUACAGAGGUGUGGCUGAAUAGGCACUUU